AAAGUACACGUCCGGUAUCUGGCUACGUCCAGUACUGAUUUUACUUUCACCCUUUGCACCUGGGAAGUUUUCUGUUUUUCCCUCAGCUGUUGCAGACAUGCUUUCUCUGACGUUACGGCAAAGAUUACAGCCCCUUUUUCUCAGUGCUUCAGCAUGUUUGGGCCGACAGCGGCAGAUGACUGCAAAAUCUUGCAGAAGACACUUUAGCAGCAGCAGCAGCAGCAGCAGCAGCAGCAGCGAUGGGUGGACAGGGCAGGAGAUCCUGGCUCAGGAUGACCCAGAGAUGUGGAGACUCCUGCAGCAGGAGAAGGACAGGCAGUGUCGGGGACUGGAGCUCAUCGCAUCAGAGAACUUCUGCAGUCGUGCAGCUUUGGAGGCACAGGGCUCCUGUCUGAACAACAAAUACUCUGAGGGAUACCCAGGACAAAGAUACUACGGAGGUGCAGAGAUUGUCGACCAGAUUGAGCUGCUGUGUCAGAAGCGAGCGCUCUCAGUCUUUGGUCUGGAUCCCAGUCUGUGGGGCGUUAAUGUUCAGCCAUACUCUGGAUCCCCUGCUAACUUUGCAGCCUACACCUCUGUGCUGCAGCCUCAUGACCGCAUCAUGGGCCUGGAUCUGCCUGACGGGGGACACCUUACCCACGGCUACAUGUCAGACAACAAAAGAGUCUCAGCCACCUCUAUUUACUUUGAAUCGAUGCCUUACAAACUGGAACCCCAAACAGGUCUCAUAGAUUAUGACCAGCUGGAGAAGACUGCUCGCCUUUUCAGACCCAGACUUAUCAUAGCAGGAACCAGCGCCUACGCUCGUCUCAUCGACUACUCUCGCAUGAAGAAGUUGUGUGUGGAGCUGAACGCCUACCUGCUGGCAGAUAUGGCUCAUAUUAGUGGCCUGGUGGCUGCAGGAGCUGUUCCCUCUCCUUUUGAGCACGCUGACCUUGUGACUUCCACCACCCAUAAGUCCCUGCGUGGAGCAAGGGCUGGCCUGAUCUUCUACCGGAAAGGUGUGAGGUCCGUGGAUAAGAAAGGCAGGGAAGUCCUCUAUGACCUCCAGGACAGGGUGAACUUUGCUGUGUUUCCAUCACUUCAGGGAGGACCUCACAACCAUGCCAUUGCUGGGGUGGCUGUCACCCUCAAACAGGCUUCCACUCCCAUGUUCAAGAGAUACAUCCAUCAAGUGCUGCUGAACGCCAAAGCCAUGGCCAACGCUUUGCUUAAGAAAGGCUACACCUUGGUGUCAGGUGGAACAGACAACCACCUGGUUUUGGUUGAUCUUCGACCUCGUGGUAUGGAUGGUGCUCGAGCUGAGAGGGUCCUAGAGCUGGUGUCAAUCACGGCCAACAAGAACACCUGUCCUGGAGAUAAAAGCGCCCUCACUCCUGGAGGACUUCGACUUGGAGCUCCAGCUCUGACCUCUCGACAGUUUAAGGAGGCAGAUUUUGAAAAAGUUGUGGACUUGAUUGAUGAAGGGAUUCAGAUUGCACUGGACGUGAAGAAGAAGACCGGAAACCUGGCUAGCUUCAAGUCAUUUCUGCUGGAGGACCCAGAUACAGUGUCACACAUCGCAGAGCUCCGCCAGCGGGUGGAGCUAUUCGCCAGGCCCUUCCCCAUGCCGGGAUUUACUGACCAUUAGAAAAAAACUCAGACAAACAAGCUGUAAUGCACAGUGUUAGGUUUUGCUUUGUUUUUUAGACAUACAUUUAAUGCUGCUUUGGUAACAAACAUCAGUUUAAAUUGAUCAGAGUGCAGCAAUACAGCAUGACAUUUCCACAUUAACUGGAAGCAUUAAAAUUACCAGCUGAGCUGAAAAAAUGUAACACAGUAACAGAUAGUGAUAUGGAUAGAAAUGCCAGGUAAAUGCAUUAAAAACAAAUGAUAAAAGUCACAACUCAUUAAAAAAUGACUCUAAAGAGGUUUAAAAAAAAGCAACUCAGCUUCUCAGCUCAGCUCCAAGAGGCUUCUUCAGUUCUAACUCUGCAUUUCUAAGCAACAUGUAAACAUUCAUUAUGUAUAACAUUGUACUAAUGCAGACAUUUAAAAUGUCUUCAUAGGAGAAGGCGAAUGUUUUAAAAGUUAAUGUAAACUACUGCAGUGUUCUUAUAGAGUGGUAUAAAUAACUACUACAUACACUGCAGUUUAUAACUAAUCUGUGCUAAGUUACAGCGAAGUGGAUACUAUUAACUUCUGUUUCAUUGUAUCAGCGAUCAAUUUAGUGGAACAAUUUACUAUAUACAUUGACUAAAGGAUCUAAAGUGAUUUGAUUUGUUACUAGCUUGCAGUGAUAGGUGGAUAGUAGUGAUUAUAUUCAUAAAAAAUGGUAUUCAAUAUGACUAGAGUGUAAAUGUUACACAGCAAUGGACCUAUAUUGUGAGUUAACAGCACUCUGGAAUUUGCUUUCGCCUUCUUGUCACUGUUGUUUGCUGCCCAAAGACAAGAAGGACCCUUAUGUGUUUUCAGGUAUUUUUGGCAUUUGGUUGCUAAGUCUGCUUAAGAGCUCUUACUGACUUCAGGCUUUGUCCUGCACUCUGGGAAGCUUGCAGCAGCUGUGUUGGGAGUUGAGCACAGGUUCAGUUUACAUCCACAGAUCCACUAACACAAAUAGAAAACAGUAAAGUAGCACAGGCGUUUCAAAACAAGGCUUCAGAUUUGUGUGUAUGUGUGUGUGUCUAAUGUAUUAGUAGCUUUUGUAGUUUUACUUUGACUUCUAUAGAAAUCAUUUCUGAGGAAUGUAUAACAUGAAUAUGCAUCUUUUAAACUGCAAUAAAACUGAUGCUGAAUGUU